AAGGAAGAAAAAAAGAAAAAGAGAAAGUUCCCAAGAUGGCGGCGUGGACCUGCUCGUCCGCUGGAAAACAAUAGAAGCGACUCAGAGGGACCGAGUUAGCUCCUCACGACCCCCGCCGCUCCGCAGCAGUACUCAUCCCGACUCGGGCUCGGCCACGGGGGAGGGUAGAACCGCGCCGGCCGCCUCGGGAGAAAUUAACUUAACAGUAUGCUGCUGUGUUUAGAUGUUUCACGCUAGCCUGCCUGCUAGUCGAGCUAGCGUUAGCAGCUAACAGCUAGCGGCUAACGGCUAACACGGAGGCGGAGGAUCAGCUGUUAGACAGAUGCUGUAGGAAGAGCGGACAGCUACGCUUUCACAGUAAGUGAAUUUAAAAGAAAAACAUCCCUGGGGCUCUGGUUGUGUGUGGGGAGUCCUGGUAGUUCCGAUGUUCUCGUGUGGCGGUGAAACAAAAACAACGGAUUGAAACGAUGGUGUUUGUCGGCGAAGUGCCCGCUGCCAAGUUCGUGAAGAGGCGCUAGCCGCGUUAGCUCCUGCGGGCUAACCAGCAGCCGAGCUAAACGCCAGCGAACACUUGAGCCGGAAAAAUAAAACAAAAAGUUUCAGACAAGUUGCGGAGGCUGACCGCGGAGGGCGAGAGCCGGGGGGAAGGCGAGGGGGCAGCCGGCCGCCAGACCGCCCGCCUGUCGCGGCAGCGCAGAUCGCUCACUUGUUGUUGUUGUUCUUCUUCUUUUUCUUCCUAAAUGGAAAUUGUCGACGCUCCAACUUUGAUUUGCGAGCGAGCGAGUGGAGGAAUGUGCUAACUGAAGUGAGCCCGACGCGACGGAGCCGGACGAUGGAGCGACAGUAACUCCGCCGCUCCAUCGACGCACACCUUCAGAACUCGAAUGUGAUUGUUUUGUUUUAAACAUUUGCACAGAAAGUCAGCGACUCUGGUGCUUUUCCCACCCCCGCGGCGUGGAACACGGGAGAGGUGUGUGUGUGUGUGUGUGUGUGUUCGGGGGGUUAAACUCAGGCGGACUGCGGCUCCUGGAGCUCCGCGCGGCGCGGCGCGGUCCAGUGAUCGGCGGGGUUUUGAACUGGGGAGAGUCGGGAGGAACCGAAUGGUCCUGCACCCGGGAACCUUCACUGCUCCUCCCCGGCGGCGAGCGAAGGCCAUUAGCGAGACAAAGGUCGCCUCCAUGGAGCCAGAGUCUUUGUAGAGGGCGAGGGAGGGGGUGGACAGACGCCCGCAGGCGCACCGAGCGAGAGGAACGAGCCCGAAUUCAGCAUUUUAUGGACGAAACCUGAGUCGGGAAGUUCACCGCAGGUCUGUAUUGAUGAUGGCGGAUUUUGUUACACCGCGACACAGCGCGGUGAUGGAGCGGCUCCGCCGGAGGAUCGAGCUCUUCCGGCAGCAUCACAACAGCUGCGAGAGCCGCUACGAGGGCGCGACGCUGGAGCGGCUGGAGCUGGAGCGGCAGCAGACCUUCGCCCUGCACCAGCGCUGCCUGCAGGCCAAGGCCAAGCGGUCCAACAAGCACCGGCAGAGCCAGCCCAGCGGCGAGCAGGCCGGCCAGAGGGCGGCGGGCGGAGGCGGCGGCGGCGGCGGCGGCGGCGCGGAGCCCGGGGAUGGCGGAGGGGCGCCGGCGGCGGAGCAGAGCCGCAACAGCACGCUGAUCGCGCUGCAGGAGACGGUGAAGAGGAAGCUGGUGAGCGCCGGUUCUCCGCUGGGCAGAGACCAAGUCAACGGCUUCAGCGACGGUUUCCCGCCCAAAAAGAAGGCGUGUCUGGACAACGGCAACAGCAACGGCUCCCCGCUCGACUCCAAGCUGGGCAUCUGCGACGCUCUGAACUCUAACGGGAACCACAGGUCGGCGGGGGAGUCGACGGACAGCGGCGCGGAGCCGGGUUUGGACUUCCACCGGAAGGAGAUGAAGCAGGAGCCGGACGACAUCCUGCCCAUCAUGCCGCCGUCGGGAGGAGGCAACAACAGCCUGUUCCCCGACCUCAACCUGAACGAGCAGGAGUGGACGGAGCUGAUGGAGGAGCUGAACUGCGCCGUGGCCGACGAGGACAUCCAGGACAUUCUCAACGACGGCUUCGAGGAUCGCAAGGACCCUCUGGAGCUGGCGCCGACUCCCAGUGGUGGGGGGACGGUGGGAGGGGGAGCAGGAGGUGGUGUGGGAGGCCAGUCGUCCCAGGGACUACUGCCUCCAGAUCUGGCCAACGUCAAGUCGGAGUUCUCUCCGGCCUCGGCAGCUUUCGAUCAUCAGGACUCUCGCACCGGCUCCCCCCACGUCAGGUCCACCUCCUCUGGGCCGCCUCCUCACCCUAACAGCUCCCCCAUCGCCGCCUCCUCCGCCUCUUCUCCGGCUCUGCCCCCAUCCCAGCCUGCUCCAGCCCCCAGGCAGCUUCAGCCUCCCCCCAACCACCUCCUCCCUCCAGGGCCCCCAGUGCCUAAAGACCUGUCCCCCGCACAGCAGCUCCAGCAGCUGGCUGCCCAGCAGCAGAGGGCUCAGCACCUCCACGGCCAGAUGCAGCACAAACAGCCACAGCCAGGGGCCAAGUUCCACAACCAGGGGCCUCAUGCCCACCCCCCGCCUUGGCCGCAGAUGGCCAACACCUCUCAGAGUCCACUAGGGGGCGCUUUUGGUAUGGACAAGCCCACAAGCCCCUCAUUGUACCCACAAGACUUCAACCCCAACGCCCAGAAGCAGCUGCUGAUGCCCAACAAAGGCUCUCCCAAGGCGGGGCCAGGCAGCUACAUGCCGGGGCCCGGCGGGCACCCCAAUAUGAUGGGCCACUCGACUUCGGGACCUCCCCUCAGUCAUCCACCGGCACCCGGAGCACAGGCCACUGCCGCCAUGCUGAACUACAACAACACCAAACCCCUGACACACUUUGAGGCGGGACCCGGGCCCCCGCGGCCCCCCAACACCCAGAGCCAGAACAAGGCGGCACUGCUGGCGCUGCUCAGACAACAGCAGCAGAUCAAACAGAAGAACAGCAUGAACUUCCGCCAGCAUAUACCACACACACAGGACCAGAACAACUACCCCGCUCCCCCACACGGCCCGGGCCCUGCCAACACCAUGGCGCCUGUGCCCGGAAACAACGGCAUGGCGGCCCAGCCGGGGGCAAACUCAAUGGCGGGUGGCCACGGUAACGCAGCGUACCUGAGCAACCAGGCGGCGGUGGCGGCCGUGCUGAAGCAGCAGCAGCAGCAGCAGCAGCAGCAGCAGCAGCAGCAGCAGCAGCAUCAGCAGCAGAUGCUGGAGCAGCAGCAGAAGCAGCAGCAGCAGCAGCAGCAGUACCUGCAGCGGCAGCAGCUCAUGGCUGAACAGGAGAAGCAGCGGCAGCAGGACCAGCAGCUCCAGAGACGUCUGACCCGACCGCCACCGCAGUACCAGGACCAGCCGGGGCAACCGGCCAAUCAGAACCCUUUCCCCCAGCAGCCAGUCAACCAGUUUACAGCUUCCUCUCAGCCAAUGGGCGGCGUCAGCUCCAUGGGAGGCCCCGCCCCCGGGUCCCAGCGCAUGUUCCCUCAGAACCAAGGCAUGAUGGGUAUGAACAUGGGUCAGGGCGGCGGGCCGGCAGGUGGUGUAGCUCCGCCCUCGACGGUGAGCCAGCCUGACAGGAACCUUCAGUCCUGCGGGGGCGGAGGAGGCGGGGCUGGCGUGGACGUCCAGCAGGUCCUGUACAACAACAUGAGCCUUCACACGGCCCACCCGGGCCACCCGCCCCAGCAGGCCGGCCUGCAGCGCCAGCCUCUGGGCCCCAUGAGCGCUUCCUACAGGCAGAACCUUCUGGCGCAGCAGCAGCAGCACCUGAAGACGCAACCUAAUGCUGCCUUGCUGAAGCAGCAGCAACUCGCUGCCGCCGCCGGCCGCAUGCCAGGCUCCAUGCAGAACAGUAUGGGGGCCGGCCUUAGCAGCUCGAUGCCCGGGGGAAUCCAGGGUGCACAGAGCGCCGCCUGGCAGCAGCAGCUCGCCAACCAGGCGCCCCCCGGUAACGCUGGCCUGCCCCCCAACGCCUUCAGCAACACGCCCAACGCCUUCCACAUGCAGCAGCAGCAGCAGCCUCGCAUUCCCAAGAUGCCACCGGGCGCCGCGCCCUUCGGCGCAAACCCCGGCGGUCGCCCGAUGGGAGGCCUGAACCCCGCGCAGCAGAUGAUGCAGGCAAACAUGGCUGUAGCCCAGCAGAGAGCGCCGCCCAACCCACAGGGCCUGAGCCAGGCGAUGGCCAAUCAGCAGACUCAACAACAACAACAACAACAACAACAACAGGCCAGUCAGAACCAGGCCGUCCUCUCUGAACUUGCGGCGUUCGGGCCGCCGCAGGGAAAUGGCCGCCAGGGCCUGCAGUGUAACCAAGGUUACCAGGUGAGCAGGACAGCCAAUCAGCAGCAGCAGCAACAAGUGUCGUUUGGAUACAACAUGGCGUCGGGCAGCUUCGCUGCAGAGAGCGAGCUGGUGGACUCGCUGCUGAAGGGUCAGAGUCCUCAGGAGUGGAUGGCCGACCUGGACGAGCUGCUUGCCAGCCACCAUUAGACCCCCCGUCUGCACCUGGAGCAGCUGGACCUGCCGGGCCGGAGGCGCCACCGCCACGACACGACUCACUCCUUUCACACCAACAGAAAAACGUGUGUUAGCGUUAGCCACCUAGCUGACGCCGUCCAUCAGAGUGUGUGAAUGUCUCACGCUGGUUUUUAAUCACGUGAGAGUCAAUAUCACAACUCGAGUGUGAGUGAAUCCGCCGCCGCGAAAAGGAAACACGGGGACGGGUUCUUUUACUGACGCCAGAGGUCGGAGGUCGCUGACGUCCACGACGAGGGGUCGUUCAGCGGCAGCAGGUUGCGUUCACGGUCUGAGCGCGUUAACCUUGACGACUCGCUCGUGACGCUGCGCUGCAGUAAGAACAGAACUGACAACAGAUAUAAUGAUAUAAAUUCUAUAUCGACAUUCAUGGAGAUGUUUAUCACACAAUGUGAUACAGUAAUGUUCAAAUUCAGUUGAGCAGCAGUUUAAAGAUUGAAAUAUUUUAAAAAUUCGGUGCAGUGACUCGUUAAAAACCAGUUUCAUAAUCAUAACACAGAGACUUUAUGAUAUGAACCAUCUGCAGAGCUUCAUUCAAACAUCCAGUGGUUUCACUUCCACUUCUGUAAACCAGCUGCUGACCUUUGACCUCAGACUGAAGUAGAGAGUGUGUGAGUGUGCGUGUGCGAGUGUGAGUGUGUGUGUUACAGACUGAACAGAGACGAUGAACUUAAGAAAACUACUGAACCCGCAGCUCGGUGUUAAACCACUGUACCGUGCUCCACAGCGCCACCUACAGACAAGCAGCUGCUGCUGCGGCGGCUUCACAAAACCUGUUUAUUCUUUUAAACAUGCGGAUGGAUAUUUCAGUUUCCUCCGAAGACUUACAGCACCAAGUGUCCGCUGCAGUUUAAAGGACCAGUCCAGAGGGUUUUCUGCCUGUUUUACUCUAUUAACUACAGAUAGUUUCAAAGCCUGAGCUCAUAUUUUCACGUGAGUUGUGAUGUCACAGUUUCUUUCUUUUUUUUGUCUGUUACUCUUGUCUGUAAGGGUUUUUUUUUUUGUUUUUAUUUCAAACUCAAGAUUUUACUUCUGUCAGGAAAUAUGUGGAAACGUGAGGCGAAGGUGUAAAAACUCUUUGUCUCGCUCUGUUCAGGGAAGCGAAUGAAUCUUUUUCCUUUAGACUGAAACAAUGCUGCGGCGAUAAAGUUCCCGGUUUUUCCAUCGACUUUUCCCGCAGGUGAACGAAGGAGAGAAGCGUUUCCUCCUGCUUCUUUAUUUCCAUCUCGUCACGUCGUCCACUCGACUGAAUCGAUCAGCUGGGCAGAUUCAGUUGUUUGACUUUAUUGAUUAUUGGUCAAUACAUAAUAAGUUUGUGUAAAACAUGCAAAAAAAAAUGGUCCUUUAAAUGAGUUUAAAGAGAAAGACCCCCGCCCCCCCGCAGCUGACGAGUGACGGGAAGAAGAACCACCAUUUUGUAAACCUUCUCGUCACUUCCUCCCGCAGCAGCGACACCAGCAAAUGUUUGGGUGCGCAAGCGACACGUGACACGUGAACCUCCUCCUCCGAUUGGCCGUCAGCCAAAAGAGCGCCGGAGCGAGCGCUCCCGUCGCACCGUCUCUAGGUGUUUAGACUCGGACGUCGCCUAGAUGAAGUCACGCUGCAUGAAAUUCCCGAUAUUCCCUGAAUGAAUCACAGAAACAGUCAAACUGAUCCAAACGUUCUGUUAACUCGUACGACAGCAGAUAAACGAAGAAAAGAAGAGAAUCCGAUCAGGCAGCUGAUCAAAUAUGGACGCAGCUUAGAGUUGUGUCCUCAUGGUUCUCAUCAUAGGAAUCAGUCAAUGUCACUUCACGACCAAAUCCAUCGUUACUCUUCUGCGGAUGAUUAUUUAUCAUCUGCUCUCAGAUCUUUUCCAACGUGCGACUCCGCGACGUCUCCUCCGAUCACAGACCGUCGCCCGGGUCGUCCCGUUCGAGGCGCUUCUGUCACCGGGUCGUUCUCGUCCCGUCGGAGGCCGUCCCUCGCCACCCGGCCGUUCUAUCUACUGUACUGUUUUGAUUCUUCAAAGAAAUGUAUGCAGUUUGUUCUUGCAGACACGUUGUAAUAUUAUUUUUUGCUUGGGGCUGGUUGCACGUGUUCCGAUCCUCCUGCCCCACCUCCAGCGUCUGGCCCCGCUCGGCCUCCCGGGCUCUUCUGGGUUCAACUGUUGAUGUAAAUGUCUAUAAAUAUAUUUUUUUGUAUGUAUGCCUUUCCUAAUGAUCUGGAGAAGAUAGAUGUUAUUUUUAUAUAUUGCUGCGGAUUUUUUGUAAGUAUUUUAUACUUUUGAUAUGGUUCUCUGUAAAACAAGAGUAUUAUGUAAAUAUAGUUCUUUAGAAACA